ACCAAUAUGUUCACAAUUUACAUUUCCAAUCUUGGUAAUGUUAAGGCCUGGACCAAGAUGACUCAUCUGCAAACUGUAAAAGUGAAAGAAGGAAAUGCAUGACUCUAGCAGCUCACAAUCCCGAGCUGUGAAACCCGUCCUCCUCCUUGCUGCUGACUUGUCAUGACUCGCUUCAGGAAACGUUGCUCAAUGUUAAUGUUUGACUAGGAGGAAGAAGGGCCUUGGCUUCUAUAAUUCUUAGCCCGACAGCAGACCCACAACCUUUCAGUUCUCCUUUUGCUCAGCUGCUUGUUUGACGCUUCGUGAAGGAAUUACAAUCUGAGGGAGAGCGACAGACAACAUGGAGGUGCUGGUGCUGGUUGGCUUUGAGGCCACCAUGGGUGAUGAGCUCACAGUGAGGAUAGGAGACAGGGUAAAAAACGUCACCAAGGCCAGCGAGGAAGGAUGGCUGCAGGGAGAGCUGCUGGGGAAAAGAGGCAUCUUCCCUGGAAACUUUGUCAAAGAAAUACCUGUGUAUUUGAUUGGUGACAACAAGAUGGAACCACGAAGCCUCAGAAAAACAAAUAAGGUGACACAGACGAGGAAAUGUGAGGUCGCCUUUGCAUACAGCCCCCAAAAUGAAGACGAGUUGGAGCUGGUAGUUGGUGAAACCUUGGUGAUCCUUAGAGAGAUUGAAGACGGAUGGUGGAUGGGCCUAAAAAAUGGCAAAGUUGGAGCAUUUCCAUCAAAUUUCGUGAAAGAAAUUUUUGUUUCUCCCAAAGAUGUGAAGCAAAAUGAGGGCAAGGCCAGGCCUAAACUGUCUGAUGCGCUGUUCAGUAAGGAGAUAUCUCAGCGAGCCAGCGUGAGAAACAAAGCAAAGAACCGUGUGGAGUAUUGCCAGGUCAUGUUUGAUUAUAAGGCCAAAAAGGGGGAUGAGUUGGAGUUGAAGAAAGGAGACGUUGUAGCCAUACUGAACAAGGAAACAGAAGAUGAAGGCUGGUGGGAGGGGGAGCUGAACGGACGCUGCGGCUUCUUUCCUGAUAACUUUGUCCUGGUUUUGCCACCAAAAGACAGUCUGCAAUCUGGAAUGACAAGCCAACCACCUGCACGGGGCAACAGCAUAAAGGUCCCAGCAAAAAAAGAAGGAGCAGCAGUGGAGAAAAAUGAUCAAGCAAAGACAAAAGAUGAUAAACCAGAGCAUAAAAACUUCAGAAGCAAUCCUCCAACCAAAGUAAAGCUGCCAUGCAUCAAACCCUCUCCGCCUCCUGUCAAAGAAAAACCGAACACACUUUUACCAAAUAUCACCAAUGGGAAUGCAGCUCCAAUCACUCCAAAAGAGCCUGAGGAGAAGAAUGUCGACGAGUUUGAUGGGAUGGAUGUGCAAACUGAAAAGCUGAGCCAUCCCACAGCUAACAGAGCCAAGCCUCCACAUAGGAGACCUCCAACAGCCCUGAGUAUUACCACAAAAACUCAAAAUGCAACAGACCAGACAGACGCAGAACCAUCACCAAAAAUGCUUCAAACGGACAAACUGCCUGGAUUGCAAAAGGUCUCAGAAAAUCUCCCAAAGUUCCCUGCAAAGCCAGAGCUUCCAUCUAAGAUGCCACCUCCAGUUCGACCAACUUUUCCAAAAGCUGCUGUCGGCAACAAAACUGUGAACCAUAAAGAUGAAGAGCCGACUGUGGGAAGCCUGCAGGCAGAGAUCAAAGAGCUGCGAAUGGCUUUGGAGCUGUUGCAAAACCGACAAGCACGAGACAUGCAGGAAGUGAAAGAGGAACUAAUGGAGGAAAGAAGUAAGCGACUGGCUUUGCAGGAGGAAGUGAACAGUUUGAAGACGAAGCAUUAAACUUGCAGAUGCUGACUGAGCUUUGUUAGACACUGGGGACUCCUCCUGGACUUCAAAUGUUAUGAUUUUUUAUUUUUAUUUUUUCUACUGAGACCAAGUAAAGCAAGGGUGAGAAAACAUUUAAACUGAAAUAUACAAGCGAUGUCUAGACUGGAAACUAUUGUUGGGGAUAAGGAUAAGCUCAACGUCAAUAGACCGAAGAGACAGUAUUCUCAAAUAGACUUCGAAAUGACAUGCUGAUAAUGUACGUAUCUGAAUGCUGCAAAUUACAACUAAAGGUCCUUAAUGGGUUACGCUUAGAAGAAAUGUUUUACAAUGUUCACCUUUGGCUCUUGCAUCUAUUUUUUUUUUACCGUAGGCUACUUUUAAUACCUCUGUGAAGUUUGUAAUAUAUGCAGCUGUACAUAACAGGAACUAUUGUGAAUAUUAAUAAAUACUGCUGUCAAAAACUUGA